AAUCUAAUCCGUCCGUGCUUUUCUCAUGGGCAACUAUAUGUUGCAUGUUCACGUGUUGGAAAACCGUCAAAUCUAUUUGUGUUAGCUAAAGACAGGUUAACCAGAAAUAUUGUACACCGAUUAGUGCUAAAUUAAAUUUAAAUUGAAAAUAUUUAUAGUUUAAAAUAAUAAAUAUUAGAGACUUAAGACUAUCUACCUUACCUACCGUUCUUCUUAAAUUGUAUACUUCAAUGUAAUAUAACAAUAACUUUAGCUACAGCAACGCGUGGCCGGGUCUGCUAGUAUACUAUAUGUUUUUCUAUUUUCUGUGUAAAAAAGAAGCGAUAGCGGUACAGAGUGGCCAUCAAUUGGCCAAGAAUACACAGAUACCCAAUUGAAUUGGAGUGCAGCGGAGUGCAACGAUGAAAGUGCCCCAUUACCAGCAGUCUGCGAUAUUCGCCCACUUUUGCUCAGUCGUCUGAGAACAGUGCAACGGAAUAAACAUGCUCAAGAGUUCGAUCCCAAUUACUAUUUGCCACCUUGUCUGGCUGGUGUCCUUCGGUGCAACCUACAGCCUUCCGCCGGUGGUGCAGAUGGGUGGUGCAAUCGUGGCUGCCGUGGAGCAAGACGCCGAGCAGGAAGCCGCCCACGAGGAGCGGCAACAAGUGGAACGGGAGUGGCUGGCCUUGGCCGAGACCCAAUUCCAAAGCCUGAUCAACGACGAUCUGAGCCCGGAGGAGGUGAACAAUAUGCUGGAGAGCUGGGCAGCCGAAGGACGCGGAAGACACAAAAAGCAAAAAAAGCUAAUGAAAAUGGUCUAUCCCUUACUGGCUGCCGCAGCUUUAGCUAAGUUAGUACUGUUGCCCUUGGUCUUGAAGUGGCUAACAGCACUUUCGACCUCUUCGUUCGUUAUGAGUAAAAUCGCAUUGGCCAUAUCUGGAAUAUUGGCGCUGAGGUGGAUAUUGUCCGGAGGAAAUGUGCGCGAUCGCCUGGAAAUAGUUCACUCUCAUGCUCCAUCAAUAAAAGGAUUGCAUGGUGUGGAUAUCACGUCCAGUGGAAGCAGUUGGAUGCCAGUUCGACAGUCCUUUAUUCCCGUGGGACUAUCCAAGGAUCAAAAUUUUGACAACUUGUAUAAACCCUUUUUAUAGGAAAAGCAACAAAUAGAGUAAGAAAGAGUGCUUGGGAUAGACAUUUGAACACAA